GUUGUGACCUACGGGGCCGUGCUGAGUGCCUGUGAGAAGGCCGGGGAAUGGCAGGCCGCGCUGCAGGUGCUCACAUCACUCCUUUCUCACCAUCCAGGAAACAUCAUCACGCUCAACGCAGCUAUCAGUGCUUGUGAAAAGGCCGGCGAGUGGCAGUGGGCUCUUCAUUUGCUGGUGGAGCUAAGGGCGCUUUCCCUGGAAGGCACUGUGGUUUCUUUCAGCUCCGCCAUCAGCUCGUUUGAGAAAGCUGCUCAGUGGCAGCGGGGCCUCUUCCUUCUCGCAAGUCUCGAGGAGAGGAUGGUUCAGGGCAACGAGAUCAGCCACAACGCAGGCAUCAGCGCCUGCGAGAAGGGACUCCAAUGGCGAUGGGCUUUGCACACCUUUGCCCAGAUACACAAGGUGAAACUGCAUGCCGACUCGGUUUCUUACAAUGCGCUCGUCAGCGCCUUCGAGAAGGGUGCAGAAUGGCAGCGGUCCCUGGCCUCAUUGGCAGAGAUGCUGCUGCUUUCAGUGCCCACAAAUGUUGUUACCUUCAGCGCUGCCAUCAGCACCUGCCAAAAAGCGACGCAGUGGGAGCGUUCUCUAUGCCUCCUGCUCCAAUGCCGACGACGGCACAGGUGCAAUGUCAUAACUUACAAUGCUGCCUUGGCGGCCUGUGAAGCUGCUGCAGAGUGGCAGCAGGCCUUGCUCCUCCUCGGCUUUCUUCGUUCGGAUGCAGUCGACUGCGAUGCAACGACGAUGGAAACGUCGAUGCGUGCAUGUGGACGGGCAGAACAGUGGGAGCGAGCUUUGGGCUUGCUGGCAGAGCUUCCUGCUCAAGACGUGCCGACGACCUUGUUCGCUGUGAAUGCAGCCCUUGGUGCUUGUGAGAAUGCGGCAGAGUGGCGCCAAGCUUUGCAUCUGUUUCAGCAGUUGCAGGUUACGACUCUGCAGGGGGACACUUUCACCUACAGUGCCAUCAUCAGCGCCUGCGGACGAAGUUCUCAGUGGCAAAGGGCGCUUCCACUUUUGGGCUGGCUGCAGCAAUCACAUCUCCAGGCGGAUGUCGUAACUUUCAGCUCUGCCGUAGGUGCCUGUGCUUUGGGGGAGCAUUGGCAAGCAGCGGUUCAAGUGCUGGCAGAUACACACGAACUUCGCCUACGUGGCGAUGUUAUCACUUAUGCAUUCCUGAUAGCUGCCUGUGCUGCCGGGAAUGCCCCAUGGUACACAUCGCAGUUCCUCAGCGACAUCAAAGAAUUGGCAUUCUUGCCGCUGCAACUCAAGUGCAAUGCAGAGAAAAGGCAACAGUGGCAGAUGUGGAAGUUGUGCACGUAG